AUGCAACUGGGCAACCAGAUACAGGCCAGUGCCAGUCUGCCCUCUCUGAACGCCAUUGCACCGAUCACUCCUGCAGCCGCCUCCACGUCACACCCAGAGACCAGCUUCGCCGGCGAAAAUACGGACAGAUCAUCGGAUCGGGCACAUCUGCAGCCGUCCCAUCAGAAAAGUCGCCACACAACGGCUUUCGGCGUCGCCAGCCUGGGCCAGGCUCCCGGCUCACCCAGCGAGACCAACUUACGCACCAACCUCAGUCUGACGAGUGAGAAGCGCUCGGCCUCUGUCGUCAGGCGUAUGAUGGUUGGCGACCUGAUGCUGGCCGUGGUCACUGAGGCAGCCGCCGGUAUUGACCAAAACUACCAGAUCAUGGCUCCGGCUAUCGUCAGUCCGCCACAGCAUCGUCAUCGUCCAGGCGGCCGAUUUGCGCUGCCCAUUAAGCCCACUGCAGGCUAUUCUGUAUGUUCGUAUUAG